AUGCCUCUAGAUGAGGAGUUGCUGGAGAAAGUUGCCCAAGAUGGGUCUAUGGAAUAUGACCGAUGGCCUGAGCAGCUAGAACCGUUGCUUCAACGCCUCGAUGAGAUCGUCCUUAGUGAAUUCCCCGUACUAAAGGUGCCUCAAGAUUUGGCUUCUUCCGACGCCUCCCAGCCAUCGUCGUUCCCGUCCUCACAAUACCUGAUAUCCGAAUCUCUACAAAGCAGCAACAAGGAAAACACCCCUCCCGCCGCAAACCAAACGCCAUACAACAACGGUGGGCCGGCACCAAACACCCAACUUUCUCAAUCCAAUUCGAGCUCCUUGCCUCCUCAACUCCUGUCUCUCCUCGCCGCUAUAAAGAGCACUCUACGAACAUAUUUCGUGCACAAACCACCACAUACUAUUCAACGACUGGCAGAGCUAAUCCUACGUCCUACUCGCCAAUAUCGAACCCUACCGGCAUACCUGAGAGCCGUGGACAGGGUAGUAUCGGUAUCUAGCAGUGCGGACAUUUUCCCGCUACCUCGCACCGGAGCACCUACUGCGGAAGGAGAACUGACCAAUGGCGUUUCCAAUGGCGCCAGUUCAAGUUUCAUGGUUACGGAUGAAUCCCUUGGGAGCGACGAGUCAUUAGGUGGAGCACUAUUGACGCCAAUUCCCUGGCUCUCCAACCCUGACCUCGAAGCUGUGCGAGCCGAGAUGAUUGCUGAAGACGCGGCAGUUACUCAAGGCGAACUUAUCAGACAAGAGCAAGAAGCGGGACUAAUUGCCAAUUCACAAACACCACACUCCACCGCAAAGCCCCUGGGCGAAGAUGGCAAGGACGGCGAAAGAACGUCUCCACAACCAGAGGAGAUCCCUCAUGCACGCGGACCGUCUGUCGUCGGUGUCGAAGAUCUAGGAUUGCAAGAUGGCAAAGGUGUGCAAAUGGUACUCCCAGAUCCGAAUAAAUCUCAAAAUGGAGAAGAGGAAGAGAAAGAUGGAAUGGAUAUUUCGGUUUCCGCUGCUGAAACCUCAUCAAAGGAGGAGGUUUCCCAGCCUAACAUCAUUAGUGAUGACGGCGACAUCAUCCUUGACGACAUUACGGCAAAUCAAGUCGAUGCGUCUACUUCUAUUACAGAAACAAGCGCAGAAACAGGGAGUGAACAUCCGAUAACAGAACAAAAUGAGACGGGUUGA